AAAAUCGUUGGUCUUUAAUAGUAUCUCGUCAAUGGCCAACGUUAAUUUUAACGGCCGUUUAGCUAGACUCGGGUUAAACUGACAAACUGGGCCUAAAUGAACUGCAGCUAUAAUUUUAUAUUAUGACUAUUAGUUUUGAAAAGAAUCAGUACUUCAGAUAUUAUUGCAGAACUUCCUAUUAUUCGGUUUGUACAUACGAUAGAAUAAUAUAUAUAGAGAAGAGAAAGAAAGAGAAUUUGAGACACUACUAUUAUAUAAUUUUCUUUUUAAAUAAUUUAUACAUUAAUACACUCAUGUAUUCGCUGUUGUCGACCCAAGCUAGUCUUAGUUCGGAAUUAAAACAAGUCAUAAAUGAAAGAAAUAUAUUGAGCAUGCGGAGUCGUAUGAAAGUUUUACGUGCUUUGAACGAGAAUAAUGUACAAUGCACAGAAGAAAAGGAAAAAGCUUUAAGAUCACAAGCCAUUCAAGAAAUAUUGACCACGGAAGUUACUUAUUUACAACAACUGGAAAUCUUGACAGAAUUUUUUUUACAACCUAUUCUUGAAAGAAAAUUAUUGAAUCAUCCAUUGUUUAUCACUUUCUCUGAGAAUAUAAAGAUGUUGUAUAACGUGAGUGGUGAAUUAGUGACAGGAUUAAAACAUAAUCCUAUUAACAUAGCUGGAAUAUUUCAUAAACUUGCACCAUUCUUCAAAUUAUAUUCCGUUUAUGCUUAUGAUUAUGUACAAAUGUUAAAUCUAUUACAGACAAAUCAGGAGAAUGAUCCUGAUUUUAAAAAAUUCAUUUUUGAUCAAGAAACAAGACCAGAAGUAGGCAGGAAAUUGUCUUCCUUAUUAAUUACACCAGUGCAAAGAGUACCAAGAUAUCAAUUACUUAUUAAAGAAGUGUUACUACAUACUCCUUAUGAACACAAAGAAUAUAGACAUUUACAAACAUGUUUGGUUGAAAUUGAAAAAUCUGCAAAACAUAUAAAUACUUUAAUUGCACAGAAUGAAGAAACACAAAAACUAUUGAAUCUUCAGAAGUGCAUUGUUACUUCGAUCAAUCUUGUCAAACCUGGUAGAAUACUGAUCAAGCAAGGAUCAUUGAUGCGUGUUUCAAGACGAGGCCAUUCUGCUUAUAGAAGAUAUUUUAUUCUUUUAAAUGACACUUUAUUAUAUUGUAAAGGCGAACCAGGAGCAUCGCUGAACGUAUCUUGCGUUCUCCCAUUGAACAAAUGUAAUUUAACUUGUGUUCUUAGCAAAAAACUGUUCCGUAUAACGUGUUUACAUGAAACAUUCUUAUUAUAUUCAGAAGAGGAUGAUAGCGAUGAAUGGAUACAAUCUAUACAAAGUGCUAUUAAAAAAUAUAUCGAAUGUAGACAAACCUUGAGAAAAGAAAGUAGCUCAAGAAAACCACUUCGAAAAAAAAAUAUUAAUGAAUUUCCAUCAGACGAUAUACUAAAAAAAUCUAUUAAAAGAAAAAGAUACGUGAAAAAUGAACAGGUAUUAUUGGAUACCUCCAACAUAAUGUACUUCAAAAAAGAUAAUGAAAUAAAUGAGAAUGCUCAAGACGACAAAACUUGCUUACCAUUUUGUACCAGUGUCAAGAGAUUUAAAAAAGAUGAAUAUUCCAAAGCUGAUGAUAAUACUCCCCGAAUGAAAAAUAUGAAAGUGAAAUCAUGUAAAAAUAAAAAUAAGCAAUGUGUAUUUGCAUAUAAAUAUUUGAAUAAGUCAAGCAACAACAGUUAUAACGAGAUUUUUUCAGCGUCAACAGAAACAUAUAAAACAAGUUUAUGCCCAAUCACAUCGAGCAAGGAACAUGCAUCACAAUCUGGAAUAAUUAACAAAUUUUUUACAUAUUUUAGUACAAGCAUAAAGAAUUUUGUUACAUUUAGAUAAUCUAUUCACAUAUAUGUGAGAUUGAAAAAAAUAAAUUGUAUUAUAAUUUACAGAA